AGCACAGCUCUGGAAGCAGGCCGGGAAUCCCCCGGAAGCGAUGUCAUGUGCAGGGACUGUGAGAUCCCUCUGCAGAGUAUCUCCACAUCAGGUAAAGGAGGAGCCAGAGGAGGGUCUGGCUGAGCAAUGGGAAGCCCAGUGGCAGGAAUUCCUCAUGACCGCAGAGUCACCUCUCUCAGACGGGGCAAUCCCACAGCUGCCAGAGAAGCCCACCCCGUGGGACAAUGCCAAGGCCUUCCUGGCCGCCUUCGAGCAAGUGGCUGAAGCCUGUCGGUGGCCUAGAGACGAGUGGGCGACCCGACUCCUGCCAGCCCUCAGCGGAGAGGUCGAGCAGGCCUUUAACAGCCUGGAGGCCCGAGACAAAGAGGACUAUGAAAAGGUGAAGGCGGCCAUCUUGCGAGGGGACACCAUCUGCAGAGAAAAGCUACGUCAACGCUUCCGGCAUUUCUGCUACCGGGAGGCCGAUGGGCCGCGGGGGACUUACGGCCAGCUCCAGGAGCUUUGCCGUCGGUGGCUGAAGGUCGAGAGGCACUCCAAGGAGCAGAUUCUGGAGCUCUUGAUCCUGGAGCGGUUCCUGACCAUCCUCCCACCAGAGAUCCAGAGGUGGGUCCGAGACCGUGGCCCAGAGACCUGCUUCCAGGCGGUGGCCCUGGCUGAGGAAUUCAUGCUGAGGCAGCCGCCGGUGCCCUUGGAAGAGAUGGCUGGGAGUGAGGCAGGCCAGGUUCCAUCUGAGAGUGUGCAGAGGCAUCCUUCGAUGGGCAUCAAGGAAGAGGAGGACGGAGAGACCAGCCUGCUUGACUUGGUUUGGUACAGUCUUUUUGGAAAGAUCAAAGCGCCUUUGAAUGGGCUUGUGCUUGUCCCACCGAUGUGA